CCAAAUUUCAAACCUAUAUUCUGACUUAGAACACAGCUUUGGCGGUUCUUUAACCACACGCAUCUAGCCUACUACAUGCAGAAGUUCUUCGGACUGUAGCUGGAAAUUGCUCGGUCAUGUAUUAUUGCCCGUCAAACUCAAAUUGCUUUGAAAUAUUGACGGCAACAAAAAUCCUACUUGGGGAGCGUCGGUUAAGUGGAAGUGGCCAACUUGCCCAUUUCUCCAUGCAAUCUUUUUUGGACUUUUCAAAUCUGGAGUUGGAAGUCAAGUCUUAAUGGGAAAAAGCAGCGUGAGAUCGAUUUUCAGCGACUCCUCCUUUCACACGAAUACAAAAAUACCUAUCUGCAGAUCGUAUUAAAUAAUAGACAUGUUAAAGUCAAAGAUUCUUCUCCUUAUGCCAGCGGAGGUGAGGAGAUCCACGAAUCUGAAAGACACUAUAAGGACUUCUGUAGAGGGACAGAAAACUACAGAAGCAGAAGGCCUGUAUUUUGAACGCUUGUUUUGCUAGUUUCUGUAAAGGAGAAACAGAGGAGGAGGAAGAGGAGGCUUCUCCUGUCUCCAUGGGGUACCAGGAAGGAGAAAGCGAAGGAAAUGUGGCUUUGCAAGGCAUUGCUGUUAUUGACUCAGGGCACGCCCGUCUCAACGAGCUCGGCUACAAACAAGAACUCAACCGCAAUCUCUCGGUAUUGUCAAACUUUGCAUUGUCGUUCUCAAUCAUAUCAAUUUUGACUGGCAUAACGACUCUGUAUAAUACGGGGCUUACCUAUGGAGGUCCAGUGACUAUGGUAUAUGGAUGGCUUAUUGCUGGUUUUUUUACUAUGUUUGUGGGUCUUUCCAUGGCCGAAAUUUGCUCUUCUUAUCCUACAUCUGGAGGCCUUUAUUACUGGAGUGCCAUGCUUGCUGGAAAGAACUGGGGUCCCUUUGCCUCAUGGAUAACAGGCUGGUUUAACAUAGUUGGUCAGUGGGCAGUUACUACAAGUAUAGAUUUCUCUCUUGCACAACUGCUUCAAGUGAUUAUCCUUCUCAGUACAGGAGGCAAGCAUGGUGGUGGAUACAAUGCCUCCAAGUAUGUUGUCAUAGGUUUUCAUGGGGGGAUUCUUUUCUCUCAUGCAAUUCUUAAUAGUCUUCCGGUUACAUGGUUAUCUUUGUUUGGGACACUAUCUGCUGCAUGGAAUGUUUUAGGUGUUUUUGUUCUUAUGAUUCUUAUACCUACUGUUGCUCCUAAGAAGGCUAGUGCUGAAUUUGUCUUUGAACACUUCAAUACUGAUAAUGGAGUUGGAAUUCAUAGUAAGCCUUAUAUUUUUGUUUUAGGACUCCUCAUGAGUCAGUACACUUUAAGUGGAUAUGAUGCUUCUGCUCACAUGUCAGAGGAAACUAAAGGUGCAGAUAAGAAUGGUCCAUAUGGAAUUAUAAGUGCUAUUGUCAUAUCCAUUAUUGUGGGAUGGGGCUACAUACUUGGUAUUACAUUUGCAGUUACUGAUAUCUCCAGCAUUUUGAGCAAGGACAAUGAUGCUGGUGGUUAUGCAAUUGCUGAAAUUUUCUAUCAGUCAUUUAAGAGCAGAUAUGGCAAUGGUACUGGGGGCAUAAUUUGUCUUGGAGUUGUUGCUGUAGCCAUUUACUUCUGUGGCUUGAGCUCAGUCACAAGUAAUUCAAGAAUGACAUAUGCAUUUUCAAGAGAUGGAGCAAUGCCACUUUCGAAAGUCUGGCAUAAUGUAAAUAAGAACGAGGUGCCCUUGAAUGCUGUUUGGCUUUCAGCCAUUAUUUCAUUUUGCAUGGCACUAACUUCUCUCGUCAGCCUAGUUGCAUUCCAGGCUAUGGUCUCAAUUGCAACAAUUGGUCUGUACAUUGCAUAUGCCUUACCUACUCUGUUCCGUGUCACACUUGCACGCAGAACUUUUGUGCAAGGCCCUUUCAAUCUUGGCAAGUUCAGUCUGUUUGUAGGCUGGGUAGCUGUUUUAUGGGUUGCGACCAUUACUGUCCUAUUUUCUCUCCCUGUAGAAUAUCCGAUUACAAAAGACACCCUCAACUAUACCCCUGUAGCAGUUGGGGGAUUAUUUGUGUUAGUUUGUGGGAGUUGGCUUAUCCAUGCAAGGCACUGGUUCAAGGGACCUGUGGCAAAUAUAAAAAUGUAAGAAGGAUAAUUACAAAUUGUAUUGAUUCUAAGUUAUGUCUUUGGCUGUAUGAUAGUGUUUAAUUUUGGCACUUAUUGUUUGAUCGUGAGCUGAAACUAGUAUGUUUUAUUCACAUCCUAGUCUCUGUAUAAAUGAAUUAAUGAAUGCUCUUGAGCUUUGUAAUGGUAUAUGCAGGACUAUUUUCUGUUUUU